AUGGCCAACAACAAUGAAACGACUCCGCUUUAUUGCGGCAGCGGCAUGGACAAUUUCCAUACCAGCUACAAGAACAUGCACGGCUAUGUGUCCCUGGUGGUUUGCAUAUUGGGCACCAUAGCCAAUACCCUUAACAUUAUAGUGUUGACACGACGCGAGAUGCGCUCACCGACCAAUGCCAUAUUGACGGGUCUGGCUAUAGCCGAUUUGGCCGUCAUGCUGGAGUAUAUACCCUAUACGAUACAUGAUUAUAUAUUGAGCGACAGCCUGCCACGUGAGCAAAUGUAUAGCUAUUCGUGGGUCUGCUUCAUCAAGUUCCAUUCAAUAUUUGCCCAAGUCCUGCACACAAUAUCCAUAUGGCUGACCGUCACGCUCGCCGUUUGGCGUUACAUUGCCGUGGGCUAUCCGCAAAAGAAUCGUGUGUGGUGCGGCAUGCGUACCACCAUUAUAACCAUAGCCACCGCCUAUGUGGUGUGCGUGCUUGUGGUUUCACCUUCGCUCUAUUUGGUAACAUCGAUUGCCGAAUACACGGAACAGCUGGAUGCUCAGGGCAAGGUGGUGAACACAAUAGCCUUGAGCCAAUACAUCAUCGACUUUAACAACGAGGGACAGUCACAGGCAUUUGUUGCCGCAGCACUAAAUGCCACGCCCACCACCAGCACAGAACUUCCGCUAUCCUUUAGCAAUGUCAACGACACAUUGUGGCAAAAUGUCAGCACAACAUCCAUGCCACUGCCGGCUCCUGAAAUUGUGCGCAACAUCACAGUGUAUCGAUUAUAUCACAGUGAUCUGGCGCUUCGCAACAAGCCGCUGCGCAACACCACCUUUCUCAUUUACAGUAUGGUGAUCAAGCUAAUACCCUGCAUAGCUCUGACCAUUCUCUCGGUGCGUCUCAUAAUGGCGCUGCUGGAGGCCAAGCGUAGGAGAAAGAAAUUGACAAGCAAGCCCAUGGCCAGCAAUGGCACCAAACCGCUGGUCAAUGGCAAGCCCGCCGACCGACCGCGCAAGAACAGCAAAACACUGGAGAAGGAGAAGCAAACGGAUCGCACCACACGUAUGCUGUUGGCUGUCCUGCUCCUCUUCCUCAUCACGGAGUUCCCGCAAGGCAUUAUGGGAUUGCUGAACACAGUGCUGGGUGAUGCUUUUCUCAUGCAGUGCUAUUUCAGACUGAGUGAUCUUAUGGACAUUUUGGCGCUCAUCAAUUCGAGCAUUAAUUUUAUACUCUACUGUUCGAUGAGCAAACAAUUUCGCAGCACAUUCACGCUGCUAUUUCGCCCAAAGUUCCUGGACAAAUGGCUACCAGUGGCCCAAGAUGAGGUGGCGGCAGCACGCGCUGACGGCCUGCAACGUUCGGUGGCGGGGCCAGACAAGGGAUCCCACAUGCAGCCACAUUUGGUGACGGCCACAACAACGGGUCACACACAAGUGACGAAUCUGUAG